UGGUUGUCUUGCACAUUUUUGUGUUCACCUUGUGUGUCGUUGUUGUUCUGCAUCUCGUUGUCGUCACUUUGUGCCUCUUUGUGUUUGUUUUGUAUAUAUUUCUGUUCAUUUUGGUUGUGUUUGUGGUUUUAUGUCAUUUUGUGGUUGUUUUGUGCCUCUUUGUAGUUGUUUUGUGUCUUUUUGUAAUUGUUUUGCAUCAUUUUGUGACUUUUUGUAGUCAUGUUGCAUUGUGAAAACAACCACGAAAACACUGAAAAAAAAAAAAACUAUUUAAAAAAACAAGUCUGUUUAUCGCUGGUUGAAGUUCAUCUCCAAACUCUGACACUUGUUAUUCUGGUUAAAGUUCCUGUUUUCCUGCAGGUCGGCUCGUGUUUUUUUGCUUUUUUCGUCCAUUUCCAACAUGAAUGGAGCAGCUCUCACACAGAGCAGGUGAGAGGAUUUAAUUGCAACACUGAUUUGGACCAGAUGUGGACAAUCAGAGCCGAGCUGUUUACAGCCGACUCGCCGUAAACUCUGAUUUAUUCUCCACCAUAACCAACCGGGAUUCUCCUCCUGGGAGUUCAUCAAGUUUACGACGCUGCAGGAAACACAUUGGUCGUUUUAAAAUGUUCAUCAAGCAGCAGAAGAAGAAUUUAGACAGAGAAAGAUCAUCAGCUCAUCUGGAUUGAUUUAUGGUUUACCACUGACUACAUUAAAAAUGAGUAAUUUUAUAUUAGUUUUAUAAAUAUAUAACAGUGAAAUUAGGUAAACAAACGGGCAUUUAAAGGGUUACAUUUGUCAGUUGCAGUCAGGACUGAUGUUGGUUGAAUGGAAUGAAGCUCAGCCUGAUAACACGCCUCUUCUUCCUGAUCUACUAACACAACAGCUCAUAUUUCCACACCUUUCCAGGUUCCUCCCCUUCAGAUCUGCACUCUGGAAGAAGCUGACAGAAACCGUUCACUGCAGGGACACAUGCUUUGUCGAUCAGAGCUCAGACUAGUUUCAGGUACGAGGAAGUCAAACACAAACAGUCUGUGUGACCAAGAAGAGAAAUGGCACAGCAAAGAAAUCAGCCACAUGUAAAGAAAUUCUCUUGUUCCAUCUGUCUGGAUCUACUGAAGGAUCCGGUCACUACUUCCUGUGGACACAGCUACUGCAUGGACUGCAUUAAAACACACUGGGAUGGAGAGGAUGGUCAGAGAAUCUACAACUGUCCUCAGUGUGGGAAGACUUUCUCACCAAGACCUGACCUGGAGAAACACGUCCUGUUAGCAGAGUUAGUGGAGGAGCUGAAGAAGACUGGACUCCAAGCUGCUGCUGAUGAUCACUGCUAUGCUGGACCUGAAGAUGUGGCCUGUGAUGUCUGCACUGGGAGGAAGAUGAAGGCUGUCAAGUCCUGUCUCGGCUGUCUGAUUUCCUACUGUGAAAAUCACCUCCGACCUCACUAUGAUGUGGCUCGACUCAAGAAACACCAGCUGGUGGAGCCCUCCAAGAACCUCCAGGAGAACAUCUGCUCUCGUCAUGAUGAGGUGAUGAAGAUUUUUUGUGUAACUGAUCAGCAGUUGAUCUGUUAUCUCUGCACAAUGGAUGAACAUAAAGGACAUGAAACCGUCCCAGCAGCAGCAGAAAGGAAGAAGAAGCAGAAGGAGCUGGAGGUGAGUCGACUGAACAUCCAGCAGAGAAUCCAGGACAGACAGAAAGAUGUGGAGCUGCUUCAACAGGAGCUGGAGGCCAUCAAUGUCUAUGCUGAUAAAACAGUGGAGGAAAGUGAGAAGAUGCUCACCCAGAUGAUCCAUCUCAUCCAGAAUAGAGGCCGAGAUGUGGAGCAGCAGAUCAGAUCCCAGCAGGAGACUGAAGUGAAUCGAGUCAAAGAGCUUCAAGAGAAGCUGGAGCAGGAGAUCAGAGAUCUGAAGAGGAAAGACGCUGAGCUGAAGCAGCUCUCAGAUACACCAGAUCACAGCCACUUUCUCCUCAGCUACCCCUCAGUGUCAGCACUCAGUGAGUCCACACGCUCAUCCAGCAUCAACAUCCGUCCUCUGAGACACUUUGAGGACGUGACAGCAGCUGUGAAAGAGCUCAGAGAUCAACUAGAUCAACUACAGGACAUUCUGAGGGACAUGUGGACAAACACCUCACUGCCAAUCACCGAAGAGGAUGUUUUACGGUCACAACCAAAACCAGAACUAGAACCAGAACUAGAACCAGAACCAGAACCAGAACCAGAGCCAGAGCCAGAACCAGAACCCGAACCCGAACCCGAACCAGAGCCAAAACCACAGCCAGAACCAGAGCCAGAACCAGAACCAGAGACCAGAGCUGGAUUCUUAAAACAUUCAAGAGAAAUCCCUCUGGGUCCAAACACAGCAAACAGACGUCUGGGAUUAUCCAAAGUAGACAGAAGAGUCACCUUCACGGAAAGUCGCCAUUCUCCAACUGACGUUUUAGUGUCAGGACCACAAGCAGAAGCAGAGACCAGAGCUGGAUUCAUUAAAGUUUCAAGACAAAUCACUCUGGAUCCAAACACAGCAAACAGACAGCUGUUAUUAUCUGAAGGGAACAGAAAAGUAACAUUUAUGCAAGAAGAACAACGUUAUCCUGAUCAUCCAGAAAGAUUCACUUAUUUUCGGCAGGUCCUGAGUAAAGAGAGUCUGACUGGAUAUUGUUACUGGGAGAUGGAGUGGAGAGGAAGAGGGAUUUAUGUCGCGGUUGCUUACAAGAACAUCUGCAGAACAGGAAACUCAAAUGAAUGUGGAUUUGGACAAAAUGACAAAUCUUGGUCUUUACUCUGUGACACCCACAGUUAUAAAUUUUGCUACAACAACACUGAAACUCCCAUCUCUAGUCCUCCGGCCUCCAGAAUCGGAGUUUAUCUGGAUCACACAGCAGGUAUUCUGUCUUUUUACAGCGUCUCUAAAACCAUGACUCUCCUCCACACAGUCCAGACCACAUUCACUGAGCCCAUACAUGCUGGAGUUUGGGUUUUCUAUGGAACCACUGCAGAGUUCCUGAAACUCAAAUAGAGUAACUCCAGUGUCUGAGUCAGUUCAUGUUCAGCCCUGAUUUAAGUUCAUGAUCUACAGUUUAUUUCUGUAGUUGCAGCAUUAAUUAGUCACAUGAUGAUGGAACUGAUUGAUUCUUAAAUGUUUGUCAUUUUUAAAAUCUGCUUUCAGCUUCUGAAACAUUUCUUGAUUUCAUUUUUCAUAUCUGACAAGAAACUGUAUGUUUUGUCGGUUUAUGAUUCCAACUGUUGAACUGUGGAGCUGUGGGGCAAUCAAAUAUUAGUUUGUUUUAGUAUUUUCUGACAUUUUACGCUCAAAAUGAUUCAUGUCCUGUAAUCAUAGUUUCAUCAUUUCAGUCUGAUUGAAUGGAUCCUGUCUUUUUGCGCCCACCUUGUGAAAACUGGGGCCUGCUGUGAUUGGUCAACUGUCCUGACAGAAGUCAGCUAAUGUCGGCUUCUCACAUCUCAGUACAUAGAGAUCAUCUCCAUUGAAAAGAACUGUAAAACUGUCAUCCUGGUGCCACAUGAAGGCCAAAUAUUACUAAAAUGGGGAUACAGGAGGUUCUACCGGCAUCCUGGUACCAGAUAAGAGCCAGAUAAGAGCCAGAUGUUCACGUUUCAGAAGCUGAAAGCAGAUUUGAAAAUUACUAAAAUAUUUAAGAAUCAAUGAGUUUGGCUUGAUUGGUGCACGAGGCCAAGAAGGUGAUAGAGUGACUACUAAUCCUUUCAGUCCAUUUUUGAACAAACUGUUAUGAGACAAGCCCAGAGGAUAGUGAAUGAGCCAUCACAUAUCCUAAACUUAGAAUACGAGCUCGUACCUUCAGGUAGACGAUAUAGAGCCACUAACUACAAACUCAACCAUUGAAAGGAUUCAUUUCUUCCAACCGCCAUCAAAUUCCUGAACAAUGCUGCUUGAGGCCGAGGAUUGUGCAUUAAUUUUCAUCGUAGCUUUACUACGGUGAUUUUUACUAUGGUGUAUGUAUCGGUUAUGUGUUAUGUCAUGGGCUAUCUGCAAUACUGUUAUGUAACUGUUGUUGAGAUGGCAUUGUUUGUUGUCAUUGUGGCUGUUGAGGCAUUUAUGGUACAGUUGCUGUGUCUCAGUACAUAGAGUAUAUUGUAUUUGAGUCAAUGUUUAAUGUUUUGUGUGAAUUUGUAAUCUAAAAGUGAAAAAAACAAUAGAAAAUGUGCAUCUGCAUCAGCUUGACACAUGAAAUUAUUAAAUACAUGUUUUAUUCUUUGCAUUUUAGUGUAAAUAUUUCCAUGUUUUCACAUUUUACCUGUUCAGAAACUAUUUAGCAACUUUGCUUCUCUUUCACAGGGAUAUACAGUAUGUACAGAAUGUGUUCGAUGUGUAUUUUAUUGUGGAUUUUCUGCAGGAAAAUAAUGAUAUUUUAUAGCAGUCAGUAGUCAUUAAAUAAUCUGACUUGGUGAUUUGUUAAAUCUUGUUGGUGUGUUUUGUUUUGCUUCUAAACUGUCAACAAAUUUAUGAUUCAGCUUCACGUUAAUCUGCAAAUAAACGACAAUAAAUGAACAGAA